UUAAUUCGCUACAUCUCAGUAACAUUAUUGAUUUGCCUUAAAAUAGUCCUCUGCAGUCAGACACAGAAUUUUGCUGGUUGUGCAAUUGAUUCAAAUGCGAAGGUAUAUCAGUGUACAAGAGAUGUUUUGGAAAUUCAAAGAACACGUGUCAUGCCAUUUGGAGUGUCCUGUAUAGUUUAUGAUGAUAAUGUCGAAUACAACAGAAGUUGCUAUGAUAACAGAAAUAAAGUGGUGGUCCACCGCCAAAAAAGAUUCGAUGAAUUCACAACAGGAGAAUUUGCUGUGGAGGGAGCUUUUGGUCCGAUCGGUGCAGCCAUUGGUACUGCAGUUGGAUUCGUUGUGGACAUACUAUGUAUAUUCGUCUGUGGAAAACAGGAUCCCCCGCCAGAAAAUGAACCACCAUACGUUAAAACACCGGCAAGACUUCAUUCGACGGGUAUGAUAGUAGCUGACAGUGGAAAAACAACUGCGACCGUAUCAUGGACUGCGCCAACAUUUUAUGACAAGGAAGACGGGGUGGAAUUAAGGUACAAUACAUCUCCUGAGACUUUUCGCUCCAAUGGAAUGUAUCCAGAAGGAAGUCACACAGUGUUCUUCUCAGCUAAAGACAGUAAAGGGCUACCGGUGCAGUCAAGUUUGGGGUUUAAAAUAAAAGUUAUCCGCUGUGGUAAUCCGCCUUGGCCGAAACACGGCAAUCUAGACUGUAACAAUACUCAUAAUGGUAAUAUACUCGGUACGAAUUGCGCUUUGAAGUGUGAUGGAGGAUAUAAAUCCCCUCGUUCAAUGACACAGUGCACACUGUCUGGCAAAUGGUAUCCACCAAAAGCGCUUGAUUGUAAACCUAUCGAAUGUCAACCGCUUCCGUUCAUUAAGAAUGGGCAAAUAUCAUGUAUGGUGGCCGCAUACAAGGAACCUUGUCAAGUUAGUUGCCAUCCCGGUUACAUUGUCAAAGGUGUAAGCCAUGUUAUGUGCGAUGCGUCUGGCAACUGGGGAACAAUGCCAAAUUGCCAAGAUACACAACCCCCAAAGUUCGGUGAAGGAGAGUGUCCACGUGACAUGCAGGUUAUCAUAGACUCGCCUAACAACACUGCUUCCGUUAAAUGGGAUAUUCCUAUUGGGCAAGACAAUUCAAAUGAUGCAGUUAUUGUAACUGAAGUUCACGGUUUUAUCCCCGGAAUCAGAUUUCAGGCGGGGAACAAGACGAUUAAGUAUACUAUACGCGAUGCUGCCAACAACACAGGGGAUCCUUGUAUAUUUAGGAUAUAUAUUCAAUCUGUAACCUGUCCACCACCUGAUCUGGAAAAGGAUGGACGAGAUAUAAUUUUAUACGACUGUCCAAAUAUGUAUGAAUUGGGCGCAAGCUGUACAUUAGAUUGUGAAGGCGGAUAUCCGUUGAUCGGGGCCAAUACAAUCAGAUGUGUAUUCGACAUACACAAGAAAGCACGUUGGCAUUGGGAUUCCUUCAAACCUUUUUGUAAUGAAACUAACUGCAAUAAAUUGCGGGAGCCUCUCAACGGAUCAAUUAGCUGCAGUGGUUGGGCAUACGGGCAGAUGUGCAUAAUGCAAUGCCAGGAAGGUUUUGAUGUCCCCGCAAGUAUUGAUAGUCAGUUUGUGUGUGGCACAUCAACAGGAAAAUGGAGGCCUUCGAGUUAUGUACCAAAUUGCAAUGUUAAAACCAAAGCACAUCACAUGAAUUUGGCUUCGGAAUUUUAUUACUAUACCGAUAGAUGCAACAAGUCAGAUACAAACCUUCUCAAAAUACAGGAAAACUUUGUUAAAGCAUUAAACUCUUCGAAAUUUCCUGAGUUUUGCCGACAUAAUCCCUAUUGCCAAGCGAAGUUUGUCGAUGUUACAUGUGGACCAGCAACAUCACGCAGGAAACGCGAUAUCCAUCCACGAUCAGCUGCAAAUCUCGCAUACAUAGUUAAUUUCGAGUUUGAAUUACCAUUUAAUGUUCCUUCUGGGACAAGUGAAUCAGAUGCGUUUGAUGAUACAGCGAAAUUACUCUAUCAAAUGGCUGAUGUAAUGCAAAAUGCUGUGGACAACGGUGAUUUUAAUCUGCCAGGGUUGCACGUGAAAAGCGAUUCAUUCGCAUUUGGCUACGCGCAGUUAAAAUGUGUUAUUGGUAUGGUUGGUCGACGAACAACGGGAUCUUGCGUCGGUUGCACAGUUGGACAGUUCAUGUCUACUCGAUCGGCCAGAUGCGAGGAUUGUGCGUUUGGAAGUUAUCAAGAUACGUCAAAUAGUAUUGCAUGUAAAGUUUGUCCACACCUAACAAACACAACAUCUAUUGGUUCCACUAAAAUAUCGGAUUGCAGAGCGUUUUGCCUUCCCGGGCACUAUUCACCUACCGGUCUUGCUCCGUGCGCAAAGUGCCCAAGUAGCUACUUCCAGCCGUCUUCACUGGCUACUUCAUGUAAUGCUUGUCCGUCUGGUACAAGGACUAGGUCCGAAGGUGGAACAGCGAUAACAAACUGCACAGAAUAUGAUGUUAAAACACCGGAAAAUGCUGAUAUAUCUCUUGGUGUCAAUACAUCAUCGAGCGAUAUUACAGUUACAAUUUGGACAAUGUUUCGCAAAAACGUUCCCCAAGAACAACAAAUGGUAAUUGCGGGUUUGAAUAGAAUGGAGAACAUUACAAUUGACUUUAGUCAACAGCCACAAGUCAAGAUGAAAGGCAAAGCAAUAUGUACCUCCAGUCAACAUUUAAAAAGGCUCUCGUGGACUCAUGUUGGAAUUGUCAUACAGCCUUUGAAAUUGGAGGUUUUUAUUAACGGGAAAGAAAUUUGCAAUCAAACAGACUUUUAUGAUUUCAGCCAUUUGAAUAAUUUCCCUACCAUACAAUUUAUCGGAGAAUCACAAUUGUCUGAAUUCUUUGUAUUUGAUCGACAAACAACUACCACGGAGAUGAGCAUUUUAGCCAGCACUUGCGGUUCGAAUAUUUCAUCAGCAAUAAUCACCAUUGAUGACUUGGCUGGCCAGACAGGUGCUAAGUUCAUCAUUCCAUCAAUGUGCGACGCAAUCAACGAAUGCAAUAGCUCGCCCUGUGGACGAUUUGAAUGCCAAAAUCAGAUUGGAGGGUUCAAAUGUUUCUGUAGUGGUGGUUUUACUGGGAAACAAUGUGAGAUUCCACCGAACUUUUGUGGCGAUAGUGAAUGCAAGAAUGGUGCAACGUGCCGAAAUGACGUCAGUAAUUACACGUGCAUAUGCCCUUUUGGCUUUUACGGACAGAUCUGUGAACAAAAAGCUGUAAAUGGAAACUGGUCGGCUUGGUCCGGGUAUACGGCUUGUUCGGUCACGUGUGGAGGGGGCUUCAUGACGAGGUCCCGAACAUGUGACAGCCCCAAGCCGGACCCGGAAGGGAAGCCAUGCGAGGGAAAUAGCACUCAAACAGAGAUGUGCAACAUUGAUAAAUGCCCAAGUUGCAGACGUUUGAGACGCUCAAUAGGGGUCUCCAUACAAUGCAAUGAGUCUCUGGAAGUACAAAGCUGUACAAUUGGUUGCAGGCCUGGUCUUUUCUUUGUUGAUCCUCCGCUGCCCGUGUAUGAGUGUGGACUUGCUACAGGUUACAAGUGGAAUCACGAAAACAAAAACAACCCAACAGGUCGCUUACAAUCUUGUUCAGAGCUUAAACGUCCAUCCCAAACGGGGGCAAUUUUUGACGGACAUUAUGACACCAUUCCUUGCAAUAAAGAGAACAUAGAAAGGGUAAAAUUGGAAAUGACACCCAAACUGUCUCAGAUGGACUGUGUAAAAUCUGGUCAGUGUAUUGCUGAAAUGAAAGCAAAAGAGUGCACGGCUAUGAGUAAAGGACGGUCAAAGAGAAACGGAAUUUCUCUUGUGAUCCUGAUGAAGUCUUCUGGACCGAUGUCUAACGACAGUUUCAAUAUCGCUGACGUGAUGAAAAAUACAUCGGAACCAUCAUCAAAGCUAAUAGAUUUUAUCAAGCAAAACGUUGAGCUCGAGAAAACUGCGCAGAAAUUAGUAAACGAGUCGGUAGACUUUUUCCAAGUUACAAUAGACAAUCAAAGCCAUACAGUUGCCACAGGACUCACAACAUCUCCUCACGUAUUGUGUCCAAAGGGAACAGCUCCGUUAGAAGUAUUCUGUGCGGAAUCUCCAAUGGGAAUGUUUUCCGACGGACAAUAUGUUACCAUGUGUCCAACCGGGCAAUACCAGGACGAAAAGGGUCAGGAAUCGUGCAAGUUCUGUCCAAAAGGCACCACCACUGAGGGAAUAGGGUCAAUUAAUGUUUCGGACUGUAAAGGUAAGCGAUUCAUAUUUGCGUAAACAUAUUUAAUCUAAACAAGGCAUUUUUGCCCUAAUAUCUUUUUUGUAUUAUAGCAGUGUAAAUACUACUAGAAAAGAAAACAUUUUGUUCUUUCCAAUAAAGUAGAUUUAAACUUAACAUAUGGUUAAUGAUAUUUAAGAUGUUCGUUCCUUCGUUAAAGCGAUGGGGUGGUAUAAUCAACGAUCGUGCGGAAAAUCGUAUCGUAAGUGCGUACGACAGGUUUACGAUUUUAGCUACGUGCGUCUUAUCAAACGUGUCGCAAGUAUAUCAGUAUGUCGUAACCGUACGAUAAUCGUAUGCGUGCGCAUUUAAAGCGAGCUCUUCAAAAGGAGGUAUUUAAAUUAAUAUGUGUAAUCUGCAUAAAUAGAACUGUCACUUUUACGUAACCGUAAAAGCUGACACUGUCAAAAUAUAAAUAAUGUCGUUUUCCUCUGAAAAGAAGAAAAAAGGUCUGAACUAAAUUUAGAACUAAGAAAACACUAAAACUAUUACGUUUUUGCGGGGAGGGGGGCUUGUAAAAAGGGAAAGAAAAUAGAUAUUUAUUUAACACCCUAUUAACAUAAUAGAGAUGAAGUAAUCAAAAUUGAAUGUUCCAGAGAUAGGAUAUUUCGUCCAUCACUCCAUCAUGUUCCUAAGGUAUGGUAUUUAUUACCAUUGCAUACUCUCAUCUCCAACGAAUGGUAAUUUUAAUCAUCACUGGAACAAUAGUGGUAUUUGUUACUGCUAAAACAAUACAGAAGUUGAAAGCUAACCGGUACAAGAAAUUUAUCUCUGACAUUCUUUAAUAUUCCCAGUUAAUUAUGAUUUAAGGGUCACAACAUAUACUUAAGACUUAGGGGGUUACAAUAUGUACUAAUAUAUUAAGGUGUCACCACAGCGUUAUCAUUAUUAAAGGGGUUACCACAGUUAGUCACCAGGUUAUCACUUGGUAAGGUUCGAGGUGGUAAUCCAGGGUUAAGUCCAGUUUUCUUCAAAUAUGCAACUUGUCGGCACUUGGUUAAAAAGGGUUAAUUUUACGUUGGUCAACUCUUACAACAAUAUCUGGUAUUUUAUUUAUAAAGUUUGGGAAAGUGUUAUGACGGUGCUUUUGUCUCAAGUGGUAUGUAACCCAGCCGACUGUUAGGAAGGGUUUUUAGAGAUGCGCUUGCUCUCUCUUCAAUGUAUGUCAUGGAGCACAAUGAACGUGUUCCGGAAAUGAGAGAGCAAGAAGCGCAAUAAUAGAGUGUUUUUGUUGGGUUGACUUUGAUUUUAUGAAGAUUUUGCUAAUUCAUGUUAUCUUUAAAACCUUAUUUGGCUGACUUGGAGUGUUUUGGCAUGUGUCUUCAUUUUCUUCAAAUAUUUACAUUUUCAAAUCAUUUGGAAGAAACGAUUAGCUAAAACAUGUCGCUUUUAUUAAUUAUGUUUUCUUUAUUUGUUACCAGUUUUAGUACACUGAUGCUUUUUAUUAUGAAACUCUAUGAUCACACAGUUUUAAACCUUUUAUUUUAUAAGGCAGACUGUGUGUGAUGUUCAUAGUUUCAAACAAUGACUGAAUCGUAUCUUUGAAACGUUUGUGCAUGAGGUGCUCUGAAUUGUAUUCCUUCGUCUGCUGAUAGAGUUUGGACCACUAAUCAUAGAAGUACUUGGGGAUUAACAUUAAGUUUAUUAUUAUUUGUUUAGUUUUAAGUUUCCUUAAGUUAAUGCAUACUUUGAUAAGAUUUUUCUUUUAAGUUUUUUUCUUUAUUUAGGAUUGUUGGGAUAAGAGUGAGGUUUGAACACUUAAACUGGUUUAAACCCUCAGUAAAUUUACAUUUUACUGACCGUUCCAAGGCGGUACCUAACAAUCCUUGAUAAACACACAUAGUUUUUUUAUUUAUAAUAUGUAUGCACCGUGCCGUUUGUGGAGUUUUGUGCUGUUUUUCCAUGUUUCUUGUUUGUUAUUUUAUGUUCUAUGUCUUUGGCGUUUACCCAGUGCAAUUAAACCGGGUUUAUGUUUAAACUUUUUGCUACUGAGCUUGUUUCUGUAGCUUUUCGUAUAAAUAAUGAAAGGGUUCAAGUUUAGUAAUAAAGGUAUUUAGGACUAAGGGAACCAGGCCACCCAAAAACACUUCAGUGAUGUGAUCACGUGGGUAUGAUAUUGUCCGGGCUGUUGGGGCGCUGCGAGCAGGAUCCCGAUUGGCUGGCUGCAGCGCUACGGUUUCUGAUUGGCUGGGAGUAGGAACCCGCGCGAAGGGAAGCAAGACCCCCCAGUGCGAUACACAGAACCAGACUUCAACAGAGUACAUACACAAACAUUAUUCUCUGGAAAAUCAUGGAUUGGUGAACAGUAUCAGGGGAAUGGCCGAGCCCAUGAUGUAAAGAAGAAAUGGACAGAUAUGAAGAGCAAUUGAAAGAGGCCCAGCUGGAAGGAACGGAGAUGAGGCAAACCAGGAACAGCUUCAAGACUAUACACCUUGAUGCAUUGGAAGAAAUGUAUCAAGCAGGGUUGAGAACCAAUUUCAAUGAUGUCAUUUCUGGUAUUGACAUCAAUUCCUAAGAUUUCAGUGAAAAGGAUUCCUGGGGGGAUGCAGUGUGGGGUGAAAUCAAUGCAUGAAUCAGAAAAAAGAAGAAGGAACAUCAUCAAAACAGGAAGCGGCAGGACAUUCGAAAGAACACCCAUCGCCAGUCAAAUUUUCUUCUUGUGAUGCAACAGGGGAUGCGAAUAAUAAUCUUCAGCUACAAAUUGUGAUGGCCCAGAAACAGCAAAACCGUAUUCUGUCUUCCCAGGACUCAACAUUAAAGAAAAUGUUAGAACAUCAAAAAGACAAACCCGUUGACCUUUUACAUUUUUGAUAGAAAUUAAGAAAGACAUUCAAACGAAAUUCUUUAUUGGAUUGACUGUGCAGUGCUUUGGUCUCAUUGAAAAUGUAUUAAGGUAUAUUAUUCAACAGUAUUAAAGCCACAUUUAUGAUAUGUGAACUGCACUGUGAUUUGAUAUUGUUCAUGUAACUUACUGCCCUCACAUCUAAGAUUUUGACUUAGGUCCAUCAAGAGAAAUUUGCUAUUUAUAUAGAGGAUAAUUUGUUUGUUUCUGUGUAAGAUCAUAAUAUAUUCCACCGAAUUAGCACCAAAAUUUAUAUGAGUGGCAUAGACACGAGUGAAAUAUUAACUUUUGGUAUUUACGAGGUGAAAUAUAUUGCUAUCUUACACUGAAGCAAGUAAUUUUUCUUUUUUUAUCAUUUGCCUAUAUGUUGGAAUCAAAAGUCAUUAAAUUACACUUUUUUAGAAAAAAAGGUAUGCGCAUGUUACGUCAUUUCGGAAAUGACGUCCUUAUAAUAGUGCCAAAGCCAUUUGCACACAAAAUAUAUAUAUAUAACAUGCAGGUAUACUGUUGAUUUCAAGAAGAGGCAUAUAAAAUUACUAUAGUUUUGUCUCAAUGUACUAAUGUGUUUGUUAAUUCAUGUUGACUUGUUGUAAGAUGAAAAUCCCGAACCUGCACUCAUUUGUACAAGGUUUACGGUUAGUGCCAUACUGAUGUAACUCAAUCAAUUUUGUAUCGAAUUGAACCUGAACGGGUGUUUUCCCAAAGCGCAAAAUUUAGCAUAUUCAAUAAAUUGAAAAUCAGUUUUUUUGUCCAUUAUGCAUUUACUUGUUUUCAUUUGGUGCCAACGAUAUGCUGUAAUUAGAUUUGCAUAUGAUGAUCUAAGCAUAGAUAAUGCUAUAAAACUAGAACAAUUGUGAACUCCCUGUAUACAUAUAAGACACACUGAAAUGUGUGCGUUAUUCUUACAUAAUGGUUUGAUUGGCAUUUACAUUUGUAAAACAAUAUGUUCUUUUAACAAGACAAAUAUUAGACACAGAUAUGUUCAACAUAAGUUUUGUUUUUUUUGAACACACAAGAAAGACACUGAUUUAUAAAGUAGCAUAUUUUGACUACGGACUGAAAGUUUUUGGUAAUAAUAUAACUUUUUUAGGUUAGUUAGUCUUUCCUAAAUGAAUGAUAUGUUCAAAGCGAAAUAAUUUUGAACAUCAUUGUACAGAAAUUACAUUAAUAAAAUUGUAUUGAUUAAACGAUUAGUUGUUUAAGCUUUUAAGGUAGUUGAUUUGUAAGUAGGUAAUUGAAUGUUAUUUGUUGACAUCAGGAAAAUCAAAUUGUUGCCCUAUGCCAUUAUGUUUCCAUAAUGAUGUUGUAUCAUGUUCUAUUUGUAAUUUUGAGCAAAUUUUUAAUUUAUAUUACUAUGUUUGCUAAAAAGGCAUAUGGGUGAUAUCACAAAUGUCUUAAAAACUUUUACUUCGUAUCCCAUUUACAUUUUUCAAUGUACAGUACUUUUUGGCUUAAUGGUACUGUGAUACCUCUAGUUCUUUACAUAAUCGUAUAUUUGUUGUUGUUUAGAAGGUGUUCUACAAUUAUUCUUAAAAAAUAAUAUGUGAUAUUUUAAUGUUGUUAUGUUCAUGUCAUCAUUUAAAUCCAGAUUUUUCUGAACUUGUUUUAAUAUGGAUCAUCUCAGGAAAAAACUAGGUAUCGAGAUAAAAAAAAUGGAAGUUUUUUCCAUGUGAUAGUCGAUAUGAUUUAUCCAAUUGUGCUUUUUUUGUUAGAAUACUUGCCAACAUGUUGUCCUGAACAAUUGUGAAUAGGGGUCAACUCUGGUCAAAAACUAGGUAUUUAGGUAAAAUCUUAUGGAGUUUUUUUCCAUGUCAUAAAGGUGAUAGUAUUAUCCAAUUACUAUGAAUAUUUGUUUGAAUCAUAAUUUGUCAGCAUUGUAUCUUAGGCUUUUAUGAAAAUAGGUCAAUUUUGGUAAAACUUAGUCAUGAGGUUAAAUAUUUGGAAUAAGUUUACCCUGUUCUAGAUUUGUAUUCAAAUUUAGAUAUCUUAUUUUUAGUAAAAUAGUUCAUGAAAUUUUCGAGGAUUAAGUUUGUUAUUUGGAAUUAAAAACUAGGUCAAAUCGAAUAGUUUCUGUUGAUUUUCAUUAUAUUUUAUCAGAUUAUUUUAAUGAAGACAUCUCUCAUAAGCCUUAACUCAACUCUUAACUCAAAUCUUAGGUUUGCAAAUUUGCAUCGUCCAAUAAAACAUUCCGGCUUUAAUGUGGCGUUGCCACAUUGGUGUCUUGUUAUGAUAUAUGAUUACCAUUUGUUAGUGUUAAUAUUGUUUUAUAUUACCAGUAUUGAAAUAGGAAUUUUGGAGAAUGAAGGAUUUAUUUUGCCACUUAUUUGUUCCAAUGACAAUUAAUAUAUCAAUAUCAUAUAUAACAUAUGGCUCGCAGAACAGUUUAUAGUAAUACUUGUACAAUUAGUUCACUCUGAUCAUCGAUACAACGUGUACAGCCAAUUCGGAACCAAUCACUUCCAGUUCAAGGUCACAAUACUGUUUAUUUGUUGUUUACUUUAACAUCUCUUAGUAAACUUACACAAACAUUUGUAUAAGGCUUUGUAGCAUUUAUUAACUCAA